AUAAAAUAGCAUAUGCAAAAAUAAAGAGAAAAUAAAAAGAUCCAAACAAAAAACAAAAAAAAAAGCGAGUUUGUAUCCUUCAAAAUGGGAUUUCGCGGUUGAGCCGUUACUGUGGAUUUUGAUAGGCGCAACCGGUGCCCGGAGAAGAGCUUUUGAUCGGAAUCAAUGGAGGUCCUUCCCAUUUCAAUUGAUGCAUACAGAUUAGGGUUCAUCGGAGCUGGAAAAAUGGCUGAAAGUAUAGCUAAGGGUAUUGUCCAAUCUGGUCUUUUACCUCCUUCUCGUAUCUCCACGGCUGUUCACUCCAACCCUAGUCGCCGCAUUGCCUUCGAAUCAUUCGGCGUUAGAGUCCUUCCCAAGAACGAUAACGUGGUUGAAGAAAGUGAUGUGGUCAUUUUAUCUGUUAAGCCUCAAGUUGUUAAGAAUGUGGUGUUGAAGUUGAGGCCUCUACUCUCAGGGAAGAAGCUUUUAGUUUCAGUUGCUGCUGGGGUAAAACUGAAGGAUCUACAGGAUUGGGCAGGUCAUAACCGAUUCGUUAGAGUUAUGCCAAAUACUCCCGCGGCUGUUGGAGAGGCUGCAUCAGUUAUGAGCUUGGGAGAAGGUGCAAUAAAAGAGGACGGACAACUAGUAGCUAAAUUAUUUGGAUCUGUGGGUAAGAUAUGGGAAGCUGAGGAGAAAUACUUUGAUGCAAUCACUGGUUUGAGUGGAAGUGGACCAGCAUACAUAUUCCUAGCAAUUGAAGCUUUGGCGGACGGAGGAGUUGCUGCAGGUCUACCACGAGAACUUGCAAUGGGUCUAGCUUCUCAAACUGUAUUAGGUGCAGCCUCCAUGGUGACUAAAACUGGGAAGCAUCCAGGACAGCUCAAAGAUGAUGUUACAUCACCUGGUGGGACUACCAUUGCUGGUAUACAUGAACUAGAGAAGGGAGGACUCCGUGGCAUGUUUAUGAACGCCGUGGUUGCUGCUGCUAAGCGUGGUCAAGAACUUUCCCCGAAGUAGUGGCAAUAUUUAACUUCCUAGUAAAGGUUGGAGGUAAUUUAUUUACCUUUCAAGUUUUGGAGAGGUGAUGAAAUAAGGUAACAAGGAAAGUAGAGUCUUGAAAGCUUUAGAAUUAUUGUUGAUAGUUGGGGAAAUUAUAAGUCAUCUGCUGCAAUCUCUCCUUUAAUAACAAUAUGGAUGAAGAACAAAAUUCUUCACUCUUUUAAGCUAUUUGAAGAAAUUUCUAGUAUGGUUAGGCUA